AUGGCAGGUGCUAUAUUUAUAUCUGAGAAUCAAACUUCGUAUUCGGAGCUGUGGCACUCCCUUCUUGCAGAGCAGGGAGAUUGGCUACAUUGUGCUAUGUUUUUGAAUAUGUGUUUCUCUGAUAAUGUUGAAUGUGUAUCAAAAUGCACCAUUGCUAACAGGGCCAGAUCCGUCGACACGUUAAUGCGCUUCGGUAUGGGCAUCCUGUUAACUCUCGAAGAAGAUGAGAUGAUUGCCCCAAUUGUGAAACAAUGUUAUUUUGCCCUAGGCCUAUCGAAUGACUACUUCUCCUUCGAUGUUGAGUGGGAGAGAUUUUAG